AUGGAUUCCUUGUUUGUUAAGCACAUCAAGGAUCUCAAGCUAAGAACCAAAUUAAACCGCCAGGCAGUUCAUCUGUUAUUGGCGAGCGAGGCAGGGAAAAUGCAGGUGGAGAACGAGCUAGAACGAACGUGGAGAAUAGGUCAAGAUGACAUUGUGCAAGGUGCUGGUCAGGAGGCUGCCAAGGGACGACGGGAGCUGAAGUUGGAUGGUGGUCCAUAUCGCUCGAGAUACUCGAGGAAUGGCAGACAUCUUGCCAUUGUCGGCAGCAUGGGUCAUGUCGCGACUUUUGACUGGCAAACAGGAACCAUGCAUGCUGAGCUUCAGCUGCAGGAAACAUGUCGUGAUAUCACUCGCCCAAAAAAAUAUGUAUUUAUAUACGACCGCGAUGGUGUCGAACUACACCGAUUGAAAGCUCACAUCGAACCUACGCGACUAGAAUUUCUUCCAUAUCACUGGUUGCUCGCUAGUGUGGGAAAUACUGGAUUUCUAAAAUAUCAAGACACCUCCACAGGUCACAUCGUUGCAGAGCAUCGAACCAAGCUUGGCGCAUGUAAUACACUAGCACAAAAUAAACACAACGCAGUGUUACACCUCGGUCACUCUAAUGGCGUUGUCAGCCUCUGGACGCCAAACCUGCCCCAUCCUGCUGUACAAAUAUUAGCACAUCUCGGUCCAGUUGUGGGUCUGAGCGUCGAUCAGAGCUCCGGUGGGCGUUUUAUGGCAACGUCAGGCCAGGAUGGUGUCGUAAAGGUCUGGGACUGUCGGAAUUGGAAGGGCACUGUGCGGGAGUGGACGACAAGAGGUGGUGGCGCUGAGCUAGAAUGGAGUGCAAGGGGCGCGUUAGGCGUGGCAGUAGGUGGAAGUGUCAACAUUUACACAAAACCGUCAAUACAGACCCCGCAUGCGGCAAAAGCUCCGCCACCACUUUACCUCACUCACCCAAUACCACAUCGACCGCUUACUUCGGUACGAUUUUGCCCCUUCCAGGAUAUCCUUACGAUUGGACACAAUGCUGGUCUGUCGAGCAUUCUCGUGCCUGGUGUUGGCGAGCCAAACUUCGAUAGCACGGAAGCCGAUCCAUUCGAGAACAAAAAGGCAAGAAGGGAGAGAGAAGUCAAAGGUCUGUUGGACAAGAUUCAACCGGAUAUGAUCGCACUGGACCCCGAUUUUGUCGGAUCCCUCGCUCCGACGACAAAAUUAACGACUGCUGUCAACGACACGCAUGACAUUCCCUUCGGUCGUCUCCCUCGCCUCGAAAGACUACGCAUCCAGGGUAAAGCGGAUGAAACGAAGCUUGUUGAUGAUGACGACGAGGACGCUGCAGAAGGCGAAGGGGACAAGAAUGACAAACCGCAGUCACGAGCGGAGAAAGAGAAGCGGAAAAUGCGCGGCAAGGGCAAGAGUGUCAAAAGAUAUCUCCGGAAGCAGCGCAAGAACGUCAUCGAUCCCACUGCGGUUGCUAUUCGUGCAAAACUGGAGAAGCAACGGGAGGAAAAGCGCGUGGCGAAGGCUAUCGAGAAGGGUCAGAUGGAGGCGCGCCAACCAUCGGCGCUUGAUCGAUUUAGACGACCGUGAUGGCAUUUGGUCCUUGGAGCAAUA